AUGUAUGUGAAGAACUUCGAUGCAGGACAGCUUAAUGUCGGUAUAUGGUCCGGUGAUGUCAAACUACGAGACCUGGAACUUCGCCGCGAGGCACUUGACCAACUACAUCUACCGCUGAACGUCAUCGAGGGCCAUCUCGGCGAACUCACGCUCUCUAUUCCAUGGUCUAAUCUUCGAGGGAAGCCCGUGAAAGUGCAUAUUCAAGAUGUGUUCCUCCUUGCGGCGCCGAAGGAGGAUUCCACUUACGACCCAGAAGAAGAGAGGAAGAGAGAGCAUGCGGUUAAGAUGGAGAAGCUUGAAAGUGCUGAGCUUAUCAAGGAGCAGAAUACCGAGGGUAUGAGCCAGGAGGAGCAACAGAAGAACCAGAGCUUUACGCAGAGCUUGAUCACUGCCAUCGUCAACAAUCUCCAGGUGGCUAUCAAGAACGUUCAUUUUCGUUAUGAAGAUGCUAUUGCUGCUCCUGGGCAUCCGUUCGCCGCGGGUGUCACGAUCAAGGAACUUAGUGCUGUCAGCACGGAUUCAAAUUGGAAACCUACCUUUAUACAGUCGACAUCUACCAGCAAUUACAAACUUGCUGUCCUGAACUCUCUGGCAGUCUACUGGAACACAGAUGCAGAGCUCUUUGCACCAGACCAUGGAGCUUCUGCAGAGUCAGGAGAAGCUGGAGAUACUGAUGCCCCGAUAUUCAGCCAUGCUGAUUUGCUAGAGAAAUUCCGAGAUGCUGUUGCUACGGGUGAGAACAAUCAGUAUAUUCUCAAGCCUGUCAGCGGCAAAGCUGGUCUGGAAUUAGAUACCUCUCAGAAUGUCGAUCAUCCGCGAGCCAAAGCUAAAUUGAUAUUCGAUGAACUCGGCUUUGUGCUCGAUGACCAUCAAUAUCGUGAUGUUUUGAUGCUAGUCGACCUCUUUCAUUACUUCAUUCAGCAUCGAGAGUAUCGAAGCUUGAUGCCCGCUUGUCGGCCAAAGGAAGACCCCCGUGCCUGGUUCAGGUUUGCUGGUCAAGCCAUUCUCAGUAAAAUCCACGAACGAAACCGCAAAUGGACUUGGGGCUAUAUAAAAGAACGGAGGGAUAAUCGUAUCCGGUAUAUCGAGUUGUUCAAGAUGAGAAAGAGAGAGGACCCCAUGUCACCUGCGGAGACGGAGGAGAUGAAAGCUCUUGAAGAGAAAUUGUCGUACGAAGAUCUGCGGUUUUGGCGGUCCCUUGCUAGAAACCAGCUGAGAAAAGAGAGGAUUGAGUGCCCAAAGAAGGUCGUCAGACAGCAGACCUGGUCCGAGUGGAUAUGGGGAACGAGUCCAAAGGAGGAAGACCAGCCCACGUCCAUGACGGACGAACAACGACAGGAACUGUAUCAAGCUAUAGACUGGGAUGAGAAGAAAGCUAUAGCUGAUGCGGUUGAUCUCCCCCGAGACUCCGUCAAGUUCCAGGUAGACUCAAGCCUCCGAGCUGGCAGCUUCACCUUAAAGCGAGAUCCUCAUGGCAAGGCGGAUGAGAUAUUAAAGCUGGUCUUUGAGAACUUCCAGGCAAAGGCACUACAGCGGCCGGAUUCGUUCUUGGUCCAGGUUGAUCUCGGUGGGUUACGGCUGUUCGAUCAUACCACGGACAACACUGCCUUCCCUCAGAUUGUCCGUGUUAAAGAUAGCUAUUCCAUGCCAAGCGAGAAUGUUGAAGAGAUUACUGAAAUGGAUAUACCCGAAUCCCCUGACGUUGAAACGAUAGACCUUGAGAUCGUCAAGUUCUUCCGCCCUCCGGAACGACAUAUGGAAUCCAUCGGUGCUCUCCUAGAAACUGCGGGAGCAACCGUUGCCGAAAUACGUCAGCAGACAAGGGCUGGGCUGGAGUUUGCCCUUGAAGAGCACAAGACCAUUAACGCCCAGCUGGACAUCCAGGCUCCACUUAUUAUUAUACCCGAGAGCAUCACUACAGGUGAUAGUAUGUGUCUCAUCUUUGAUGCCGGUAGAGUUAGUGUGAUCAGCAAGCUGGUCGACAAGGAGACUCUGAAGAUGGUUCAAAGCAAGCAAGGCACUGAAAUCGGCGACGAUGACCUCAGCCGACUUGAAUCCUUGAUGUAUGACAAGUUCUUGCUAAAGCUCGAUUCAACACAAGUUCUUAUUGGGAAAGGCAUUGAAGCAACCAAGGCUGAGCUAGAUCCAAAAACGGAAUCGAAGAACCUGCAUAUCAUGGACCGGAUCAAUAUGGACUUUGUGCUUGAGUUAUGCAUCGCCCCCAAGUCAACACUCACCAGGACACGGAUAUCAGGCCAUCUUCCAGAAUUUCACGCCUCUAUGUCGGAUACGAAAUACAAAAAUCUCAUGAGAUUGAUUGACAUUGCCAUCCCGAGAUUCGACACCGAUGAGUCGUCCACCAACUCAGCGGAGAAAGUCGCACAACCAGAAACUACGUCAGUUGAAAGCAGAGCCAGGUCGCAGUCAAUUCAAUUUCCUCGACAAAAAGAUGUACCUGUUUUACAGUCGGAAAACGACAUCGCAGGCCCCGAUGAUAAGAAAUCAGCAGAAUCGAAGACUCCUAAAAACAUACAUCGACGUAUGUUUGAAUUCAAGUUUACCGUGGAUACCCUGAGGGGCUCAUUGUAUCGAUCUGACCCCAGCGAUGAAAGAAAAGAUAGACUGCUGGUUGAACUGGUGGCUGAACACUUCCAACUCGACUAUAAUCUAAGAGAAUAUGACAUGGCUGCUGACAUUGUUCUGAAAUCUUUGAGUAUUGAAGAUUAUAUUGAAGAGCAUUCGUCUGCCCCUGAAUUCAAGAAAAUCGUCACAUCCAGGGGCUUCGAUGCAAAUGAAGAGAAGGACUUGUUCACUCUAAAAUUUAUCAGAGUUAAUCCCAGCUCUCCCGAAUUCGUUUCAGUGUAUGAUGGCGUUGAAAUGAACCUCGACCUAGUAGUGUCGACCAUUAAUCUGAUUGUUACCCGGAAGACAUUGCUUACCCUAUUGGAUUUCAUUUUAAUUACUUUCACCAACCAGAAUCCACAGGACCAAGUUCAAAGCUCUCAUGAACAAGCCGCCUCCAAUGACUUAAAGGAAGCUCCGAAGCCAGCUAAUACAGGGAAAAUUCGAAUCAGCUCAAAGUUAGAGAGGAUUUCCCUUAUCUUGAAUGACGAUGGCAUUCGUCUAGCCACCCUCAGUCUGAAUACUGCGGAUGUUGGAAUAUUCCUUGCCAAUGAAACAAUGCAGAUCAAAUCGAGAAUGGGCAGUCUGACCUUAUUCGAUGAUAUCAAUGAAAAUGGCAAGUCGUCAACAGUCCGUCGGCUUAUGAGUAUUGAAGGGGAUGAUUUCGCGGAUUUCCGCUACCAAACUUUCAACCCGAAACUUAAAGACUAUCCUGGUUACGAUUCAGAGGUAGCUUUGCGAUCUGGUUCGAUCAAAAUAAACUUCAUCGACGAGCCGUACCGAAGGGUUAUUAAUUUCCUAGUUAAGUUUGGGAAGAUGCAAAGUAUAUUCAAUGCAGCCCGUCAGGCCGCAGCCAACCAAGCUACACAAAUCCAAGAAAGCUCAUCACUGAUGCAUUUUGAUAUUAUGGUCAAGACACCCAUCCUGGUGUUUCCCCGAAUAACCGACCGAGACGGACCUCGAGAUUUCAUCACCGCUCAUUUGGGAGAGAUAUAUGCUAGCAACGAGUUUUCUCAAGCUGACCAUGGUGAAGCAAAAUACCUGGUUAACACCAUCACCGCUGGAAUCCGUCAUAUCCGCCUCACUUCUACCUUCUACUACUCGGAAGAUGUCUGUGAAGAAUUGGAGAUGAUUGAGAAGGUGGAUAUGGAUUUCAAUAUCAAAUAUGUUCAAGAACCCAUUGACAAUUCCAUACCUGUUAUGCGUGUCGAUGGCUCUAUGUCACCCACCAAUCUUCGGAUUUCGCAAAUGCAGCUUAAAUUCCUCCUUGAGCUAUCCCAAACCAUCCCUGCUGCGUUUUCACCCGACCAAGAACUUCAAGAAGGACAAGCCCAACAGGCCCUACCCGAACUAUCUGCGGGGUUAAGUACAGCCGCUAGUUCAGACAAAUCCAACGAGUCCAAGUCACUCACGGACGGACCCGGUAAAAAUGCCGCAGAGCCUAAAAAGUCAAUUCAACUCGAAUUAGGAUUCCGCGUGGAAACUAUUGGGUUAGAACUGCUCCUUGUGAACGAGGAGGCUCCGGUUCAAUCUCUCGAUGAUGUUAGCUUGUCUAAGUUCUUCUUGAGCAAUACCAACGUGAAGCUCCGGAUGUUGAACAAUGGAUCCCUCGAGUCUGAACUGCUUAUUCACUCCUUUAAUGUACGAGACAGCAGAUCAAAGGAGACAAACCGGUUCCGUAAGAUUAUGUCCCUGGUUAAUACCGAAGUUCAGCAGCAGUUUAUGGCCAGUCUUUCUAUGUCCGGUGGUACCGAUCGCCAAUUAGUGGUGAUGGUAACAAUCGAUAGCCCGCGUAUUAUAUUCGCUGUCGAUUAUCUGUUCUCUCUCAAAUCAUUUGCAGCAGCGGCAUUCCCUGCUGAGCCAGAUACAGAUGCUUCGGAAAGCUCAGAUGAAGAGUCCUCGGGCCCGGCUGUGUCGCGUGACAACCUGCCGUCCAAACCAACGACUAUUCCUUCAAGCGCUAUGACAGCAGAAAACAAAUCUUCCCUUACAAUGUCCUUCAGAUUCAACAUGGUUGAUUCUCAAGUCAUCCUGGUCGCUAACCCAACGAUUGCGAACACAGAAGCUAUCGUCCUGGGGGCUAAACAAAUCGUCUAUUCCCAGCAGAAUGCGUCAACUCUUCAAAUCACCAAGGUCGGCAUGUUCCUUUGCCGUAUGGAUAAAUUUGAGACCAGCAGACUGCGUAUUCUGGAUGACUUUUCGCUAGAAUUAUCCAUGGAUACUCAGAGUAAGAGCAAAAGUUUCUCUACCACCAGGAUUGACAUGCAUGUGGAGCCAUUGAUUCUUCGGUUGUCGCCACGAGAUAUCCUCCUUGCUCUGCAGAUAAUGAACAGAGUAUCUGAGAUGACUUCACCGACACAACCUCAGAAUGCAGCAAGCGAGUCGAAAGCCAUUGCUGCUAAACCCACACAGGCAGACCUACAGUCGCCAAGUACCCCUGUUCAAUCUCGAUUGACUGCAGCAGAUAGAAUUCAACAGUCAUCCAUAGUGAAGAAGGAAGAAAUGUCCAUUCAAAUGGAUGGUAUUAGAGUUAUACUGAUUGGUGAUGUACACAUACUUCCCUUGCUUGACUGGAGUGUGCAGUCAUUCCGAGUCGAUGUUAGAGACUGGUCUGCGAAUAUGAGUGCUGAUACCACUUUCGACACCUUCAUCAACGUUUACAAUUUCUCGAAGUCCACUUGGGAGCCGUUGAUUGAACCAUGGCAACUUGGAUUCCAUAUGUCGAAAGAACUAAGCCCUGACAUAUUCUCUAUUGAUGCCUACUCCCAUAAGAACAUGGAGUUAACAGUCACAUCUGCAACAAUUGCUUUGGCGUCUAAAACAAUGCAAUUCUUGUCUGCGGAUGAGGACGUUCUUUCAAAGCCCAGAGGUACAGAUACUCCUUAUCGAAUCCGAAACUAUACUGGCUUUGAAUUGCGAGUAUGGGCAGACACUGGCAACGGAGAGGAAGGGCAUGCCUGUACUCUUGAAGACGGUGAAGAAUACCCCUGGAGGUUUGAAGACCCAACUACUAUGCGAGAGAACCUUACUCCGGAGGGCAACGCUGGUACGGUAGGAAUUAAGCUUGAGGGCAGUGGAUUCGAUAGCAUCAGCCGCAUCCCCCUCAUCCGUGAAGGGGAAACACUUUAUAAUCUGAAGCCAAAGAAAGAUAAAGUGCUACAUAAGCUAUUGGUGGAAGUCAGCUUGGGGACAGAUUAUGUCAAGUAUAUCACCUUCAGAUCCCCCCUUGUGGUGGAGAAUAAGACACAGAUACCCGUUGAGGUUGGGGUAUAUAGCCCCGAAGAGGGACAUCUUCUUAAGAUUGAAAAAAUACUUCCAGGUGAUUCACGUCCAGCACCAGUGGGUGCCGCCUACCUACAUUCUCUCGUCGUGCGCCCAGAUCAAGGCUUCGGGUACAAUUGGUCAAACGAGAGGCUCUUCUGGAAAGAUUUGCUGAGACGACCGACCAGAACCCUCAAAUGUCAGAGUGAGAAUGGACAGCAAUCUCCACCAUUCUACUUCCAGAUGAAUGCCACUUUUGACAAGAAUGAUCCUCUUCUGUCCGUAUAUCCGUACAUGCGGGUCCGUGUCUCUGCUCCCAUUGAAAUCCAAAACUUACUUCCAUAUGACUUCAAGUACCGCAUAUAUGACAAAAACUUGAAGAAAGAUUGGACGAACUUCCUUAGAAAAGGAGGAGUGAGUCCGGUCCAUGUCGUGGAGCUUUCUCAUGUACUCCUCCUAAGUAUUGACAUGCAGGAUACCGCAUUCAGGCAAUGCGAGUUUGCAAUAGUCAAUGGGAAUGUCCAAGAGGAUUUCAGGAGAGAGUCUACCCUUACUGUCCAAGAUGAUCAAGGCCAAGAACUGAAACUAGGCCUUCACUACUUUACCGUUCCCGAUAGUGGUGGUGCCUUUAAGGUCUCUGUGUUCAGUCCCUAUCUUGUUCUGAACAAAACCGGACUCGAUCUCAAUAUACAAAGCAAAGGCGUCUUCCACGGAGGCAGGUCUGCAGCGGGCCGGGCUAUAAAAACAGACGCAAUGAAUGGAGUCCGUUCUGCAAUUCCUUAUAUGUAUUCUUAUCCAACAGACGACCGUAAGAACCGGUCCGUCUUGAGGGUCAAUGGCUCUUCGUGGAGCAAGCCCCAGAGCUUCGAAGCCAUAGGAAGCAGUUUCGAGGUUACUUUACCAGGUUCCAACGGCCGAACCGAGUAUCACGCAGGCGUGACGGUAGAAGAGGGGACUGGUAAAUACAAAGUCACUAAAAUCGUCACAGUGUCCCCUAGAUUCAUACUCGAGAACAGGUUGGAUGAAGAAUUGGUUGCUCGUGAGCCAGGUUCUUCCAAUGUUAUCUCUCUAAAGCCUCGUGAACUUGUUCCGCUGCAUUUCCUCAGGCAGGCAGCUGAAAAACAGCUUUGCUUCUGCUUCCCUGGUGUUAAUAAUCAGUGGUCCUCCUUGUUCAACAUUGCUGACCUAGGAAUAACUUAUGUGAAAUUGGCAAAGGCAAACCAGCGCCAGAGAUUACUCAAAGUCGAAGUGCUUAUGGAAGGUGCUACGAUAUUCUUACGCAUUAGUAUGGAGGCGGUGCACUGGCCGUAUUCUAUGAAGAAUGAAUCGGAUGCAGAAUUCAUAUUCUUCCAAGCGAAUCCAAACGUUAGCGAGGAUGAAGAUGAUCGUAGCACUACCUGGCGGCCUAUCCGUUACCGUCUUCCGCCCCGUAGUAUUAUGCCCUACGCAUGGGAUUAUCCUGCCGCGAAAAACAAGUCUCUUGUUCUGCUAUGUCGAGGAAAGGAAAGGUACAUCAAACUCGCUGAGAUGGGCAACUUGAUACCAAUGAAGCUCCCGCCAACCCAGGAUUUGCCCCAAAAGAUUAUUGAUAUCCGCAUUGAAGCGGAAGGUCCUACACAAACUCUUGUCUUAUCCAAUUUCCGACCAUCAAGAAGUGUAUAUAGGCAGCAAAAGCCUGCCUCUUCUCAAACCAGUGUGUCCACUGGAUUCGAGGUCAAGGAAAUCAACUCGGACAUAACGUUCAAAGCCCAACUUCGAUUAAACGGUAUCGGGAUUUCCUUGGUCAACCAGAACUUGAGGGAGCUCGUGUAUAUCACUUUCCGCGAGAUAGAUCUCAAGCUCAGCGAAUCUAAGAUCUACCAGACGGUCAACACCACUAUCAAGUGGAUACAAGUUGAUAAUCAAUUAUAUGGCGGAAUAUUCCCAAUUCUUCUAUACCCAAGCGUUGUCCCGAAAACUGGUAGGGAGAUGGAGGCGCAUCCAAUUUUCACAGCUACGGUUACCCGGGUUAAAGAUGACUCAUACGGAGUCUUGUAUGUGAAGUAUGCUUCACUGCUUGUUCAGCAGAUGACUCUUGAACUCGAUGAAGACUUCAUUUUUGCCCUCCUCGACUUUGUGAAGGUUCCAGGCGCCUCUUGGUCCGAGGAACGUGAGGACCCCAUUUGUGAGGCUGAACUUGGUAUUCCGGAACCAAAACACGAAGCACAAGGACAGGACGUGUAUUUUGAGGUCCUUCACUUGCAUCCUAUGCAGCUUGAUCUGUCCUUCGUUCGUACAGAACGAGUCAAUGUUGAGGAUACGACAGAGUCGUCUAACCCAUUGAUGUUCUUCGUCAACGUCAUGACUAUGUCAAUAGGUAACGUUAAUGAUGCUCCGGUUAGAUUAAACGCACUGCUUCUGGAGAACGCAAGAGUAUCUAUCCCGAUGCUUGUUUCGAAUAUCACAAACCACUAUACUCAGGAAUUCCUUCGUCAGGUCCACGUUGUUAUCGGCUCUGCGGAUUUCCUAGGUAAUCCCGUUGGUUUGUUUAACACCGUGAGUUCCGGAGUUGCCGAUAUAUUCUAUGAGCCAUAUCAAGGGUUCGUUAUGUCCGACAGACCUCAGGAGCUAGGCCUCGGAAUUGCCAAGGGUGCCACUUCAUUCGUCAAGAAGUCGGUGUUUGGAAUUACGGAUAGUCUUACAAAGUUCACGGGAAGUGUCUCCAAAGGUCUCGCUGCCGCAACACUGGAUAAAGAGUUUCAGGAUCAACGAAGGAUGUCUAGAGCCCGAAAUAGACCAAAGCAUGCUCUUUACGGAGUGACUGCAGGAGGCAGUGCUUUUGCCACCAGCAUGGCAAGUGGAAUUGGUGGUCUUGCGCGUCAUCCACUGGAGGGUGCUGAAAAAGAAGGAUUCCAAGGUUUUGUUAAAGGUGUCGGGAAGGGCUUCUUAGGACUUGCAACAAAGCCAGCACUCGGUGCUUUUGAUCUAGCUUCCAUUUUCGAUGCCGGGGGCCUUGACCGAGUUCGUUUAACUCGCUUUAUUGGUCGAACUGGAAUUGUCAAACCGUAUUCUCAGCGAGAAGCACUAGGCCAAUUCUGGCUCAAAACGACGGACGAUGGCAAAUACUUCAACGAGGAAUAUAUUGCUCAUCUGGAGUUCCCUGGAAAAGAUAUGCUUGUGUUAUUGACAUAUAAUCGAAUUAUGCUUGUCCGAUCAAAGCGUCUCACAACAGAAUGGGACAUCAAAUUGACCGAUAUUCAAAAGAUAUCGAAGGAGAGAACGGGAAUGACCAUAACGCUAAAGGGCGGCACCAACGGACCAUUCAUACCGGUACAAGAUGAGAGUGGAAGAAACUGGUUCUACAAACAAAUUGCUAUUGGUAUGUUUACUUAUCAUCGUUUCUCCCGGCAAGUUGAGCAUAUUCAGUAA